AUGGCAUUUGGACGCCGUGUAAACGCAGCUCCAGCACCCACGACUGACUACGGUGCUCCGGCUCUUCGCUCGAACAAGCUUCACCGACCCCUCAUCGCUGCCAACCAUGCCUUGCACCUCAUCUCCUCGUUGAUCGUCCUCGGCAUCUCAGGGUACUUCAUCAACAAGUUCACACACAACACGCACCUCGUCUAUUGGAUCGCUCUUGCCGCCGUCGACGUGUUCCUAUACCUCCCUGCCCUUGCUCUUCCAGCUCUGAAGACCUACAAGGGCUAUCUUGCCCCUCUCACCUGGAUUCUCUCUUACCUCUGGCUCACGGCUUUUAUCUUUGCGGCGCAGGAUUACGAGUACAACGGUGGUUGUGCGGUGAACUCGCCUCGCUUCGUGAACAAGUGCAGCCUGAAGAGGACCCUUGAGGCGUUUGCUUUCAUUGCUUUCUUCACUACCCUCGUCGGUACACUCCUCGAAGCCCGUCUUUGGGAUGUUCAGCGUUUCAAGGAAACGCACCGGGCUGGUGUCGAAAAGCAUCACGGUGUCGGUGCUGAGCCUGUUGUUGGAGCACAACCCGGUGUCGCUGCGCCUACAGCUCCGCACGAGACUGUCUAA